AUGACUUCACAAGCUAGGAAGGUUUGGUCAAUCUCUACUAAAGGUACAUUUGCAAAUUUAAUAUUAGAAGAUGAUAUAUUACCACCACCGCCGCCAAAGCAUUUAAGGGUUCAAGUCAAAAGUAUAGGAUUAAAUUUUGCUGAUAUUUUUGCAAUAUUUGGCCUUUAUUCUGCUACACCUAAAGGAAAAUUUAUACCAGGAUUAGAAUUUAGUGGUAUAGUUGAAAGUGUAGGAGAUGGUAUUGAAGAAAGUGAAUGGUUAGGCAAAAGAGUAUAUGGUGCUACAAGGUUUGGUGGGUAUGUCACUUAUUUAAAUAUUGAAGAAGAAUAUGUUAAGCAAACUCCUGAUAAUUGGACCGAUCAACAGGCCGCUGCUUAUGUGGUCCAAGCAAUGACUUCAUUUUAUGCUCUGACAGAAUUAGGUAGAAUUAAAGAGAAUAAAACAGUGUUGGUUCAUUCAGCGGCAGGAGGAUGUGGAUUAUUAGCACUUUCAAUAUGUUCAAAAUAUGAAAAUGUUAAAGUUGUGGGUACAAUAGGCAACCCUUCUAAACUUAAUAUACUUAACCAAAAAUAUGGAGAUAAUGAAAACUUUACAUUUAUAUUGCGUGAGCCCUCAAAUGAUUUUGAAAAGAGAGCAAGGCAAGCUUUAUUACGGAUGGGAUUACAAGAACAAGAUGGUUAUGAUAUUAUCUUGGAUAGUGUUAUGGGUAAAUGGUUUUGGUCUAAUUAUAAUCUGCUAGCUAAAGAAGGCAAACUGGUUUUAUUUGGUUCCGCUAGUUUUACACCUAUUGGUAAUUUACACCCUAUCUGGAAUAUGUUUGAAUGGUUAAAAUUAGGUUGGAAAUAUAUUUGGAGACCUAAAAUUGAUCCAAUGGAAAUUUUACAAGGAAAUAAGUCGCUUCUUGGAUUUAAUUUAAUUCAUAUUUAUGAACGAGCUGAGAGAUUAAAUCAGAUUUUUAAUGAUAUGCAAUCUUUACAACUGGAAGCUCCUCAUGUUGGCCAUGAAUUUGAAUUUGAUCAACUUGUAGAAGCUUUAACCUUACUUCAAUCUGGUAACACUGUUGGUAAAGUUAUACUUAGUGUUAAUGUUUAA